AUGACAGUAACUUUAAUUAAGUUUGAUGACGUAGAGUUAAUUGGAUCUAGCUAUCAAUCAUGGCCAUCCUUUUGUAUAUGGGUAUCCUUAGAGAUAUCAAACCACAAACUUCAGGUUGUGGAAGUUUCAACCUCCAAGACUGGCAAGCAUGGGCAUGCUAAAUGCCACUUUGUUGGAAUUGACAUUUUCACUGGAAAGAAGCUUGAAGAUAUUGUUCCAUCUUCACACAACUGUGAUGUUCCCCAUGUUAACCGCACAGAUUACCAGCUCAUUGACAUCUCUGAAGAUGGAUUUGUGAGUCUGCUAACUGAGAAUGGCAACACUAAGGAUGACCUCAAGCUUCCAACAGUUUUCACUGAAUUAUGCCAGAUCAAGGAUGGAUUUGCUGACGGCAAGGACCUAGUUGUGAGUGUGAUGUCUGUCAUGGUAGAAGAGCAGAUCUGUGCUCUCAAGGAUAUUGGGCCCAAGAGUUAGAUUAUUUCAGUGUCAAGUUUAGACACUCUGAACCAACUUGUUGCAAAAUUUGUUGUCCCAAAUUUCUCUUUAUUUGAAUAACUCCAAAAAUAGUUAGGCAAGUUUGGAAUGUCGUUCUGUGUUGUGUCUGGUUGUAAACUUAUUGUAUUUCGCUUUCAAUUGAGUCAUUUUUAGAAUUUGGUC